GCAGCGCUUGUGUGUGUGUGUGUGUGUGUGUGUGUGUGUGUGUGUGUGUGUGUGUGUGUGUGUGUGUGUGUGUGUGUGUGUGUGUGUGUGUGUGUGUGUUUGCCCCUCCAGAUAGCAAAACCGAUGAAGGCUUACUAUCGAAGGCGUCUUCGUUGGCUGUUAAAGAAAUAGAUUGCAGCUACUUGCUGGCAAGUUGGUUGUGAAGCUUCAGUGUUUUCGACGAGCGGAAGGAGACUAUUCUAUUAGUCACACUGUGGCAGGCAAAACACAUUUCAUCUUGCUUUACUGUGCGCUGCCUAUCAGUAGGUGUUUGUGUGUGUGUGUGUGUAUGAGUGAGAGAGAGUGGUGGAAUGUUUUCAGUGCAAUAAAUGUAAUAAAUAGCCACACAUCAUCAUCAUCACCAACACCAUUGCUCCAUCGCUCCCUUUCGCUCAUGGGAAAAGUCAAAGUGUGAUAUAGAAAGCAAAAAACCCCAGCAAGGAAAGGGAAGCCAAAAAAAUGGCCUCUUUAAGAAGAAAAAUAAGAAUUUAAAAGUGAAAGUGAAAAAUCCCGAGCAGCGUGCAAAAGUGAAAAGUGAAAAAUUAUUACAAUCUUGCAUUCUACACUUUGAAUGUAAUAUAUUGAUGCUGCAAAGGGGCUGUGAAGCAAGCAAUCGAAGCGUGUGAAUGGGAGUUUACGCGGCGCUUUAACGUCGCUUCCAAUAUUAACCGCCAGAUGGAGCUACACUCCACGGUGGAGUGGCUUUGCUCCCCCUUGUCGAGAUUGUCUCCGAUUUUUUGGUCUGCUUUCUUUUCGAAAGUGUAAAGUUUAAUCCUGCUCGUUCCGCGUUUGAGUUCGUUUGUUUUAAGGCUUCCGUGCUAAGCUCCGGGCAGGCAGCUUCUUUUCAAUUCUCACCGAAUUUCCUCUAUCUCUUACAACUUCAGAUUCAGCGAUUUUUCUUGCAAGGGUGUACGAUACUGUGAUCAUCGCGUGUGUGUUCAUGUUUACAGCAGUUCGGCGAUAGGAAGGGGAAAGCUGUGAGGUAUCUUUUCCAUGAAUGUGUGUUUGUGUAUGUAGUGUGUCACUGUAGAGUGUGUUCGGUGCAAACGCUUGUUUGCAAACGUGUCUUUCUCCAUCCCGAGCAAAAGCCAACCAAUCGCCCUGAAAAUGUCUCGCGUAUCGCGUAUCGUGUCAGUGUGAUAGUGAACCAGCGUUCUGAAGGCGCAGUUUUGUCGGGGGGUGGUGUGUCGGCGUAAUAAAAGUGCGGCCGUUAUUUGUGCAAAAUUUGGCCCAACAUCUUCCAACCUUCGCCCGCACGAAAAAAAGGCAAAGAGUGAAGCUAGCGCUGGGCAACAAAAGGAAGAAAGGUGUGGUGUGUUUAAAGUUUUGUCGCUUUUUGCGUGUUUUAUCGCGUAUCGUGUUUCAGCGUUUUACGGCGUGAAAAGUGUACAACCAAAAGCAAAAGAGUGUGUGUAUGCUGAUCCUACCCCGGCGGUUGGAUUAUGCACCGUGGGAUAAUGAAGAAACAAAUUUAACGCCCAGGUUCUUCUAGCAGGCUGGCGAACCGACUGACACCACUGACCGCAGCCCGGGACGCAAUGCUGGGCAAGCUGAAAAUGGCGGACAAGCACAAGUACUCGGCACAGGAGACGAUACAGGCAAAGCUGCUUUUCUUCCCCGAGGGUACGCGUGGCACCGGUGACAAGCUGCUGCCAUUCAAGAAGGGAUGCUUCCACGUCGCCGUCGAAUCGCAAGCCUUCAUUCAACCGGUGGUCAUUUCGAAGUACCAUUUUUUGAAAUCCAAAGCGAAGAUCUUUAAACGAGGGCAAAAUAUCAUCAAAAUUCUACCGGAAGUGUCCUGCGCGGGCCUUUCCAAGGACAACAUUCCAGCGCUGAUGGAGCGGGUACAGAAGAUGAUGCAGCGGGAGUACGAACAGCUGUCGGAGGAGUCCCUUUCGAUCAACAAUAUUAGUGAGGUGCAUUAUACUCAGCGAUUGGCGAUGGGUCUCCUCAGGCUCUGUAAACGUGCAAUACAAAACAAUUGACCUGGGCAAUGAAUGUUUUUGGGGUUUAGGAAAAGAAAUCAAAAGCAGAAAAGACAGAGAGGAAUGCUGCCACCAAGUGCUUUUUCCCAGGUAUGGGAAGAAGUAGACAGGUUCACCAAUAUCAUCAUCAUCGCCUUAUCGCUAACGGAUAGACAGUAUAAAACAAACCUCCUCAUUGAUCAGAGAGCUUAGUAGUGGCGAUUAGCGUUCGGUUUUUGUAUUUACUGGGAUGUGUGAAUUUAAGUUAUGUCUCUUCUAAAGUCCAUCAUUUUUUUUUCUUUCCAACACGCACCUUUAGUUAUUGAAGAUUGAAAAAAUAUGGCUAGCCAGUGUAGCAAGCACAAACGAAAGGAGAUGUGAACGAAUCGCGCAACGUUUAUUUUCCUAACUUCCUCCGAGAGUCUAUAUUGUUCCUGUAGUUUAAGGGCACAGUGAAAGCGAGAUGGGAAGGAAGAUCCAGAUUAUCAGGUGUUUCGGUGCGGGUUUAAAAUUGUUUCAAGUCCAAGGAAGCUAUCAAUCAAUCACGAGGUGGAGGAGGACUGUGAAGCAAUAUAUCGGGAAAGAGUGGCAGUGGCUUGUAAAUAGCGUACAAAGUACAGUAGUUUUAGAAUUUUAUUCAAGAGAGCAAACUAGAGUUUAGGAUGAUGAAGGGUCGGGUAAGAUGUUACUAGGUUGACACCAAACAAAGCAAAACAAAACGGGAAGAAACAAACGUGUAAGUGCACGUCGUACUAUGGGGACAGUGACAGCGGCGUCACUCUUUUGCCGUACGCUCAAUGUGAUACAUACAUUAAAACGAAGCAAAAGCUCCAACAAAGAAGA